GGUCGACGACGAUGGCUGAGUCCUUAUCCCCUAGGCGGAUGGUGAUCGGGGAAUCAUAGUCGGUGGAAGAGAGGCCGAUUUUGUGGAGACAGGCAUCCGUGAUGAAACUGGUGGCACCAAUGUUGAGAAGGGCCCGAAACUUCACCGUCGAUGCUCCAAAGGAGACGGUGACGAACUUGAGCUGGAACUGGGCGGUCCCGGCACAAGCGGAGGAGAUCAUGGCGUUGAGGCGGCGCUGCUCGAGGCCUAAUCUAACAAGCCGAGUGUGUCGAUCUUGUUCCGCAACGAGAUCGGAGAAAGUGAUGGUGGAGGGGUUGGGGAGGAGGGUAGUGGAACAUGUGGUCGUGGGGUGCUCAGCCGACGGAAUAGAGGACGUCGUCGGGAGGAGGGCAGGCGGAGUAGAUUGCGACGCCUGGGGGGUGUCUGGUGUGAAAGUCGUCGCCAGGGGAGGGGUUGGCAGACGAAUUGUUGGUGCCAGGACAUGGCUACAAGGGGCGGGGGGACAGUGUUCAAGUGGAGGAGGGUCCAGAGGCCGCGGUGAAGGAGGAGGAAGUGGAUGUGGGAGGGCUGGAUCCGGUGAGGCGGGAAGCCUGGUGGGUGGAGCGGCCAGCCUUGGGGCAAUUGGUUUGCUGACGCCCCAACUGGCGGCAACGGAAACAACCGCCGUUGGCCUGGAGGAAGGCGCGUUCGGCGGGGGCGAGCUUUUUGAGACGAGGGGGUUGGGGGGAGGAGGAAGGCUGGGAGGCCAGGCGUUGUCGUUCCAUCCUCAUGAGAUGGACAGCCAGGAAGUCUUCCUCGUAGAGGUGAGGAAGGCGAUCAUGGUGGAGAAGGCGGGUAAGGAGAUCGGUGAGAGGGAGCUCGGGCUCAUGGGCGAGGGCUGUGGCGAGGUGGGGGAAGCAUACCCGCUUGAUGCGGGAGAUGAAGACGUAAUCGGGAAUGAGAGUCGACGGGAUGUGGAGGCGGAGGGAACGACCGUAUUGGAUGAAUCGCUCGGUGGGGCCGGUUUGGCGGAGGUUGCAAAAUUGAUCGAUGUAGUCAUCGAUGGUCUUUUGCGGACGGAAGGUGGCGAUGAGAAGGUCGGCCCAUUGAAGGAAGGUGAUGCAGGGAAGGCCGUUGGCUCGGCGGUUGUUGGCUUCGGCAUUUUGAAUUUGAGAGAAGAAAAGGAGGACGUCCUCGUGGGGGAGGCCAGAGAACGUCGCGAUAUCGGUGGCGCGGAAGGAGCGGGGAAUGUCUCCGUUGCGGGGGACGAUGCAAGCGAGGGUGUUGAAGUUGCGGUCGUCGGGAGAGGUGUCGUAGCAGGUGUGAUCCUGACUGCGGUCACCAAGGAGGUAGCAAGGAGGAGGUUGGGGUAUGGCGGGGUAAACGCCCGAAAGGACUUAGGAGGCAUAGGCGCAGUGUUACAGCAAGACGAUGGCAAUGGGUAUAGACCCGUAGAGUUCAUGUCCGCCAGAAUGCCUUCAGAGAAGGUCGCGACAUCUACCUAUGAGAGGGAACUCUACGCUCUCAGGCAAGCGUUAGACCACUGGAAGCACUACUUGCUUGGGAGGCACUUCAAAGUCUAUUCUGACCAUGAAACGUUACGAUGGUUAAAGACGCAGGCCAAGAUGACACCUAAGCUUACUAGGUGGGCCGCAGAGAUAGAUCAGUACGACUUUGAGCUCAAGCCUGUCAAAGGGAAGUACAACGUAGUCGCGGAUGCUCUGAGUAGAAGAGCUGAUUAUUUUGGGGCAAUAGUACAUUACCUCGAUAUAGGAAAGGAUGUGCGGCAGCAGGUUAGAGAAGCCUACGCGCAUAUGGGUGAUCCAGAGUGCGAACAGUUCUACUUCCUAUCGAAUGAAGAGCUGCUGGAAAUAUUUGCAGAGACCAAAGAUCCCUUGAGGGUGCAGCCGUUCUUGAAAAAGAUAUUUGAAGGCAUUAGCCACCUUCAGUUUGAGAACAAUUUGGACGUUACUGCCAUGCUCAGCACCGAGGGUGAGAGAGUGAGCUUUGUCCGAAUAUUCAAUCCCAGGACAGCAGGAGGUCAAGUGGAGAGGUGGCUGACUGAGUUACGCAACUUUCGAUCAAUGGUAGUAAAGAAGAAGUUGGAUAAGGAGGUGAUGAUGGUGCUUGUUAAGCGAGUUGGUGGAUGUUCUUCAUCCUAUCCACCUUCUAUCAAAAAACUUCUUGAUGAGUACAAGGACUUGCAGAUUGAGCCGACGGGAAUUACUGAGCGUGCUAUCAAGCACACCAUCGAGAUCAUUCCCGAAGGCAAGAUUCCCAAUGGUUUCAUCUACCGAAUGUCUCAUAGGGAACUUGAGGAACUGCGGAAGCAGCUGCAAGAACUUACUGAUAAAGGAUGAAUUCUCCCUAGCUCAUCUCCUUACGGUGAGCUUGUCUUAUUCGUGCCCAAAAAAGAAGGUGAACUUCGUUUAUGUAUUGAUUAUGGCGGGCUGAAUUCCGUGCGGAACCUCUUUCGCGCAUUGACGAUCUAUUGGGUCAGUUGCACGGGUGUAGAUACUUCAGUAAGAUUGAUCUCAAAUCAGGGUAUCACCAGAUUGAGGUGGCUCCUGAGGAUCAAUACAAGACGGCUUUCCGAACCAGGUAUGGUCACUACGAGUUCGUGGUUAUGCCUUUCGGUCCAACCAAUGCGCCUGCAACCUUUCAAAGAUCAAUGAAUGAGUUAUUCCGCC